UAAAUAUAGAGCACGCCUCUUCUCAUACUCUCAAGAGUUCAACAGAACCGCAAUGAAGUCAAUAGCGAUACUCAUCGCGGCCAUUGCUGUGCUUGCUUGCAGCGUGUCCACGGCAAGUGUUCAGGAAUUGCAAGAAAGGAAUAGCGCCGAGAUUCGUGAGCGUAUCAGAUCAGCCGCCAAUGUAUUUGUGGACGCUGUGGUGGAACGCCUGCGAAAAUAUGCAUUGGAACAUUCCCUGGAACCUUUGGCUGUCCCUGAUUUGACACGGAAAUUCACUGUGACAAUCUUCGGAGCGGAGGCUGAAGGAUUUCUGUAUUUAACGAACGGCUGGCUGCGAGACCUGAUAACACUUCUCCGAUCUGGCGAAGCAGACGUGGAGUUCGUUGGUGACCUGGUGCACAUCUCCACAGACCUCGUGUUCGAAAGGCUCCAUCUGGAUUAUGAUUUCCGCGUUUCAGUCUUCGGUUUACAGCCUUCUGGAGAGCUCUUAGGCAGAGCGGAAGGCCUUCGAAUUGCAGUUGUUCUCAAUGCCGAUCUAACCACUUUCAGGACAACGCUUUCCCGCUUCACCGUUGUCGGUGCAAAGAACAUAGCUGUCGAAGCUGUUGGAGGAGGUUUGCCGUCCGAUCUACUGAACACACUCAUCGAUCUUGUGAAACCUUAUAUCCAGGACGAUAUACUGAGUUUCAUAGAAGAGAAGAUGAAAUCGACUCUGGAAGACGCUCUCGUGGAUUUCGAUAUUAGCGAGAUCAUUGAUCUGUAAAGCUCAAUACUGGAUCUGAAUGCAAUAUUAAGUCUUCUUGGAUGAUUAAAAGACUUAUAUUGUGGGGUAACAUUGUUAUCUGUAUAGAACUGUAAGGUUGAUUUUGGACUCUAUCCAUCGUCUGGUAUAUAUAAGCCAAAAAACCACAACGUUUCGGAGACUGGAUCUGUCUC